UUUUUUGAUUACGUUAUGACUCGGUCCAUCAUCGAUGAACCUCGAUUUUCAUAUUCGGGUAAACCACGCAUAAUAAUCAGGGCUGCCACAAAUCGUCCCGAUUCGAUUGAUCCGGCUCUACGCCGUUUCGGCCAUUUUGAUCGUAAAAUCGAUAUUAGUAUUCCGGAUGCAACCGGUCGACUGGAAGUGUUGCAAAUUCAUUCCAAAACCAUGCGUUUGGCCGAUGACGUCGAUUUAGCAUCCUUCUGUUCGGAGGCUGCCAUACAACAGAUUCGUGAGAAAAAGGACUUGAUUGACGCAGACGAUGAACAGAUUGAUGCCGAAGUUUUGAAUUCGUUGGCCGUUACAAUGGAGAACUUGCGUUAUGCGAUAACCAAAUCCAGUCCGUCGGCUCUGCGUGAAACUGUCGUUGAAGUUCCAAACACCACUUGGACCGACAUCGGUAUAUUGGAGAACGUUAAGAGAGAACUCCAAGAAUUGGUUCAAAAUCUGGUUGAGCAUCCAGAUAAAUUCUUGAAGUUCGGUAUGCAACCGUCGCGCGGUGUUUUGUUUUACGGUCCAUCUGGUUGUGGUAAAACGUUGCUGGCCAAAGCCAUUGCCAAUGAGUGUCAGGCCAAUUUCAUAUCCGUAAAGGGACCCGAAUUGCUGACAAUGUCGUUCGAUGAAUCCGAGGCAAAUGUUCGCGACAUCUUCGAUAAGGCCAGAUCCGCUUCGCCUUGCGUACUAUUCUUUGACGAAUUGGACUGUAUUGCCGAAUCUCGUGGCGGUAAUGUUGGUGAUGCUGGCGGUGCGGCAGAUCGAGUUAUCAAUCAAAUUUUGACCGAAAUGGUCGGUAUGGGCGCAAAGGAGAAUGUGUUCAUCAUUGGAGCGACAAAUCGACCAGAUAUUAUCGAUCCGGCUAUUUUACGUCCCGGCCGUUUGGAUCAAUUGAUUUAUAUUCCACUUCCGGAUGAGAAAUCGCGUGAAGCAAUUCUACAUUCAAAUCUACGAAAGAGUCCAUUGGCUAAAGAGGUCGAUCUGAACUACAUCGCUAAAGUUACUCAGGGAUUCUCGGGCGCUGACUUGACUGAAAUUUGUCUAAGUGCCUACAAGUUGGCUAUUCGACAGGCUAUUGAAGCAGAAAUUCGCCGUGAGAAGGAUCGUGUCGUAAAUCAACCCAGCGCCAAGGAUAUGGACGAAGAAGACCCAGUUCCAGAGAUAACUCGUGCACACUUUGAAGAAGCUAUAAAAUUCGCUAGACGUUCCGUUUCGGACAACGACAUUAGAAAGUACGAAAUGUUUGCACAGACAUUACAACAGUCCCAGGGUUUUGGAUAAAAUUUCCGUUUUCCAUCCGGUCAGAAUUCAUCGUCUCCAGGCGCCGGUCAAAGUCAACCGACCAACGAUGCGGGAAAUGCUGGUGACGAUGAUCUCUACAAUUAGAUUUGUUUUACACCAAUAAAAUAGCAAUUUUGUAUUCGUCUUUCUUUGUAUA